GAAUGAGAUUUGACAAAUGCAUAUAACUUUUACUGUAAGGGAAUUCAGCAAUUUUUUUCAUUCUGCCAAUUCUAGGGGUUUUGUUAUAAUUCUGAGAUAUUUGACAUUUUCGAACUUUAAUACUGGCUUUCCUUGAAGUCAAUUUAGGCAAAAGUACAUUUAUUUUUGAUUGCUUUUGCAUAAUUCUAUUUGUUACUAUAAACUAUUACUCUACUACAUGUCAGCGGAAGCUAUUGUAGUUUUAACAGCUAUAGACACUGGUCACUUUACAGGUUAAGAUUUAAAACAUAAAAUCAUGAUCAGAUUGUAAUUUAUGAUGCAUUAUUAUAUAUUAAACUGUCCAAAAACCUCAUUAAUGGGGGACUCACUUCUGAAGGCAGGACAAAGUAACCCCUUAUCUUUGUGUUUUGAUAAUGCUACAUUUACUAAAGUGAAGGGUCUGAGUAACUUACUUCCAUUACCACUGGCAUCAUUCAACUACCUGUGUGUAGCAUGGGUGGGUACCAGUGUGCUGCAGCGUCAAAGCCAUAUACUGGGUGUACAUCCCAAGUCUCUUAAAAUGCAUCUAAGAUAAAUUAGACGCCCUUUCCUCUGAUUCCAUGUGUUUUUAUGUUCCAUCCUUUGAUACUCAAUGUUUCUGAGUACAUGUAUUUUGCCAGGGUUUAAGGCUUUAGGGGGGACAUUUGGGAUUGGGCCUAAAAGAGUUUUGGGUUGUACCAUUAGCCCCUAUCACGCCCUCCAAACUCCCAAGUGAGAGGAUGUUGUGCACUUCCGGGUCGCUCAGCUAGCCAACGUUAGCUAUCCAGACAAACCGACUAAAUUGUGACAAUGACAGCGGUCGCAUAGCUGACCGAGCUGCCUGAAAAUGAGGAGCAUUCUGUUAAUCGCCUUUCUGGCUCCUUGUUGGGUCAACGGUGCAAUUAAGUCGACAGUUAUUACGGAAGAGAAUCACGAAGAAAACCCGGAAUUCGGUGCUCUGAACUCCAUCCUGUCAGAUUUUGAGGUGCUGCCAUUGUCAGGCCUCCAGCUGCACUCUGUAAGGAAGAGGGACCUCCACACCCCGUCCCACCUGGAGCGCCUUGUGAGCUUCAGAGCCCUGCACAGAAAUUUCAAGCUGUACUUGACCACCAACACGGGCCUCUUCACUGACAACUUUAAAGCUGUGUUUGUUGAUAAACACGGGAGCGAGGGAAACUACAAUAUCAAUCUUCAGAACUAUUUCACUGGACAUGUUGUUGGAGAGGAGAAUUCCCGUGUGCAGGCACACAUAGAAGGAGAUGAGUUUUCUGCUCACAUUCUAACUGAUGCAGCCGAGUACAACGUAGAGCCCCUGUGGAGGUUCACAGAUUCCCCAGCUGAUGGCAGAUUGCUGGUUUAUCGCUCAGACGACAUCAGGAACCUGAGCCGCAUUGUCUCUCCAAAAGUGUGCGGUUACGUCCACGCAGAGGCUUCGGACCUCCUGCCACAGGCUUCCGGGAGGGAUCGGGACGGGCAGGAGGAGGUGGACCAGGGAAAGGGCCACCACCACAGAGAGAAGAGACAGGCUCACGACCACAAGAAGAACACCUGCCCCCUCUUGCUGGUUGCAGAUUACCGCUUCUUUCAACACAUGGGCCGCGGACAAGAGAGCGUCACUCUCAACUACCUGAUUGAGCUGAUUGAUCGAGUCGAUGACAUUUAUAGGAACACAACCUGGGAUGAUGAAUACAAAGGCUAUGGGGUCCAGAUCCAGCAGAUCAUCAUCAACAAGGAGCCGACGAAGGCCCCCGACGACCAUGCUGGCACAAGCUGGGUCCACUAUAACAUGGAGAACAGCCCUGUGAAAGGAAAAGUGGUCUGGGACGUGAAGAGACUUCUAGAGCAAUUCAGCUCCGACAUAGCUGGGAACGCCUCCAGUGUGUGUCUGGCCCACCUGUUCACCUAUCAGGAUUUCGAUGAGGGCACACUGGGACUGGCCUAUGUGGCCCCCUCCAAACCUCAGGCCCUGGGCGGCCUCUGUCCAAAACCGUACUACCCGUCUCACUCCAUACACAAGCCCAGUUACCUCAACACGGGUCUGACCAGCACCAAGAACUAUGGCAAAACUAUCCUAACAAAGGAGGCGGACUUGGUGACCACUCACGAGCUGGGCCAUAACUUUGGAGCAGAGCACGAUCCCGACAACAUCCGUUACUGUGCUCCCAGCGACGACCACGGGGGGAAGUUUGUCAUGUACCCGAUUGCUGUGAGCGGAGACCAUAUCAACAACAAGCGCUUCUCCAACUGCAGCAAGAUCUCCGUAGGAAAGACGCUGCGUUUCAAGGCGCCUCUGUGCUUCAAGGAGAGGAACAGUAAGGUAUGUGGGAACUCCAGAGUUGAGGACGGGGAGGAGUGCGACCCCGGCCUGCUCCACCUCAACGACGACCCCUGCUGCUCAGCCGACUGCACGUUCAAACGUGGCGCACAGUGCAGCGACAGAAACAGCCCUUGCUGUAGGAGCUGCCUGUUUCAGCUUGCAGGAAGAAGGUGCCAGGAACCCAUCAGCGCUACCUGUAAAGGCAUAUCAUCUUGCACAGGCAACAGCAGUCAGUGUCCCCCUCCUGAAAACGCCGACGACAACACGGUGUGUGUCGACAUGGGCCGGUGUCACAAUGGAGAGUGCAACCCGUUCUGCGAAGCCUUGCAGAACCUUCAGUCCUGUGCCUGCAACGAGACGGAGGACUCCUGUAAAGUGUGCUGCAGGGGAAAAGAUGGCGCCUGCUCUCCUUUCACACAGGGCAAUGACACUUUCCUUUUCCUUCGCAAAGGAAAGCCCUGCACUGUGGGCUUCUGUGACGGAGGCGGAAAGUGCAUGAAGCAGGUGCAGGAUGUGAUCGAGAGGUUGUGGGAUUUUAUCGACAAGCUGGACAUCAACACGUUUGGGAAGUUCCUGGCUGAUAACAUCGUGGGCUCUGUCGUGGUGUUUUCACUCGUCUUCUGGAUUCCUCUCAGUAUCCUCGUUCACUGUGUGGACAAACGACUUGACCAGCAGUAUGAAGAUAACACAAAGUCCUUUUACUACCCUCCAAGCCAGAUGGUGGAAGUUUGUAGUAGAGCUCCCGCCCUAGAGUCAAGACAUGCUGAGCAACCUCGAGUCAGCUUCCGUGCGCAUCGUCAAGCCUCCUCAGCCUCUGUCCUCCUCCUCCGCCGGCCGGAUCGCGCCCUUCUCCCUGCCCCAGCAGCAGAGCCAGGUAGGGGCCUCUCCCGCGGCCAGCACCAGUACCCAGGCCCCCGACCCGAGCUGCGAGCCCACCCCGGACAGCGAAGGGGGGCCGCGGAUGGCCACCAUCCAGGAGGACACCAGCAGCGACUCUCACCCGGGAGAGGAAGGCCCGUCGGACGAUUUCACAACCGCAGGAGCCUCCUCGUUGGUUACGAAAUCCUCCUACGAGGAUCUGACCGAGCAGAACCCGUCAGCCAAGGAGCGGCGGCGCCUCAAGAGGCAGGAGUGCAUUGACACAAAAGAGACAGAGUGCUAAGAGUAAAUCACCGGUAUGUUUGGGGUUUAGUACCAACUAGGCACCAACACGUACAGGCAGCCUGAUGUGUGUUUUAGGGAACAUGCAAAUACAGGCAGCAUCAAAUGAUCUUUUUUUGUCUUAACCCACUGGCUACAUGGUUUCAGAAUAUGCAACUAAAUGCUGGUGCGCAAAGUAUCGUCUUCAUGGCAAUGCAACGUCACCAGUUCGCUCCACUAACAGAUGAUUUAAUGUAUCGUUGAUGAUCGUUGUGCUUAUGUUACUGUUUCAAGAAACUCAGUGCGACAUGUUAAAAAGCAAACUUUGACUUCAAAAUGAGUUUUAUCCUGAAUCUCUGUGUCAUAACUGCACUUGGAGUAUUUUUCCACAUCACUGGAGAAUUGAAAUAAGUUUUAUACAUGUUCUUACUGUGCUGUCAUUCAUAGUUUAUUUUAGCUUGUGAAACAUGUCCCCCCCCACUUUCCCCCGUUAAAAGGUUUAGUAAGAGGUUAUAUUGUCUUUAUGAAACAACACGGUGCCUUUUCUGAUUUUGUGCCUAACUGUAGAUGAACAAUCCUGCAUUUCAUUUUAAAAGAAACUUCCUGAGGUGCCCGAAUGUUAUUUUUCCGUUUGGUUUUCUGUCCUUGUGGCAAUGUGAGUGAUGCACCUCUUUGUUAUUUUAAGCCGUCUCGCCACUGUUGCCUGCUGUAUCACGUUACAUAAAGUAUGUACUGACUGUCGGUCAAGGAGAAAGAAAUACUGUCGCUAACAAUAAAUACUGGAUUGAUGUGAACCGUUGUACAAGCAGAUGUCCUGUCACAUAUUCUGUGUAUAUUCUUCAUAUUUCUAUGUUUAUAAAAAUCACCUGAGUUCCUUUUUUCUUUUUUUUUUCUUUUUUAUUAUAUAAAGUUUCUUUUUUGGAUUUCCUACACAUCUCAAAAUAAAAAUCUUUAUUGUGCAUUUUAAACCUGAA